CAAAAGUAAUAUUUUACUGUUUGCUUGUUGUGUCAAAGGUAGACGGUGGAGUUCGGAAUAGAGCGAAUAAAAUUGUAAUUGUUGUUUAUCAAUAGUAAUUUUUUGUGUUUUUUAAUAAAUAACAAGUGUUUUCGCAAUUUCGUAGCCACCAGACGUGAAAUUAUAACUAUUUUCAAUUCGAAUGUAUUUUAAGGUAUUUAAAAAUUGCAGUUACAAGUAAUUGAAUGAAAACAGAAGAAAAUUUCAAAUUUUAUGUGGCGUAAUUUAAUUUAAGGUGUGACGUCGUUCGUAUGGCCGGGCGUCGAGGCCUGCUGCACCAUGGUGAAGACCUUUCAGGCCUAUCUACCGCACUGCCAUCGCACCUACUCGUGCAUACACUGCCGAGCACAUCUCGCAAAUCACGACGAACUUAUAUCAAAGUCGUUCCAGGGAAGUCAAGGACGAGCAUACCUAUUCAAUUCAGUGGUGAAUGUAGGAUGUGGUCCAGCAGAAGAACGUGUCUUAUUAACAGGCCUACACGCGGUAGCAGAUAUUUACUGCGAAUGUUGUAAAACUACGCUAGGCUGGAAAUAUGAACAUGCAUUUGAAUCCAGCCAAAAAUAUAAAGAAGGCAAAUUCAUUAUUGAAUUGGCACACAUGAUAAAAGAAAAUGGAUGGGACUGAUGGUCAUAGAUGGCGACAGCAUCAUUAAUAUGGUCGACGUUCGGUAGUAGUAGCACUAAGCAACAACAACAAUAACAACAAAAUGAUGGCGGGAAUAAAUAAUAUCCAUGUGCCAUCUACCGUGUGCAAUACCAGAGUAUAUUGUUGUUGCAUAAAAAAAAAUGCAUGCAGUGACACAAAUGAUAAUGAUUUGGGGGAUGGGUAUGGGAUUAGUGAAAUUAAACCAACCACGACAUUGUAUGAGAGUGUUUGCCUGACUACAAUUUAUCGUAGUGGAAAUUCAUUUAACCUUGGCACAGAGAGUGAAUAAUGAAUAAACUCUGAUAAUGACGAUGAUUUAAAGUUCUGCCGAUCGAUACGCCAUAACACUGUCGCCAACUUAAAAAAACAAACUAUGGAUUUCUAUACUAUUUAUUAUUGUUAAAAAAAUAAACAGUUAGAUUGAUUUCUUGUGAUAAUUUUUUUUCUGUUUAAAAAAAUAAAUAAAUACAGUCGCUGUUUUUUGCCCCUUCUAAAUAGGUGCGUGUGAUAUUUAAAAAAAAUAAAAAACAUUUAAAACUAUGGACGCGGCUAUUAGUGCUGUGAUUAA